UGGCCCGGCCCAGCCUAGACGCGCUCCGCGCUGGGGGAGGGUCACCCGAGGCUGACGUCCGCUACGCCGGCGUCAGCGCCCCGUGAAGAGGAGGGCGAAGACUCCAUCCGCCAUGUUGGAUGCCGCAGAUUCGCCAUAACCUCGCCGGCUCUUUUCUUAAAAAAAUAAAAAUAAAAAGCGAAGCAUCAGCGGGGCGCCCCGCCUUCUCGGCCGGCGCGGGAGGGGGCCCGGAAGAGCCCGAGGCUUUUUUUUCCUCCGCGGUGGGGGCGUUGCCAUGGAGACGCGGGCGGCAGCAGAGAACACGGCCAUCUUCAUGUGCAAAUGCUGUAACCUUUUCUCGCCAAAUCAGUCGGAGCUCCUCUCCCACGUCUCUGAGAAGCACGCAGGAGAAGGGGUUAAUGCGGACGAGAUCAUCAUUCCCCUCAGGCCUCUGAGCACUCCUGAACCCACCAACCCACACAAAAGCGGAGAUGAGUUUUCGGUCAUGAAGAGGAAGAGAGGCAGGCCGAAGGGGUCCACGAAGAAGCCCAGCGGCGAGGAGGAGCUGGCAGAGAGCGUCGUUAGUCCGCGCGAGGGCAGUCCGCCGGCCCCAGAGGAGGGCAGCAGCCUGGCUCGCAGCUUGGAGUGCGGCCAGUGCCGUCGAAAGUUCUCUAACCCGCGCCAGCUGAGGAAGCACGUCUGCAUCAUCGUGCGGAACUGGGGUGAGAGGACGGAGACGCAGGGAGAAGCAGGUGAUGAAUCUGACCUUGAACUGGAAAGGAAGUAUAAGGAGGAUGAUCGAGAAAAGACUCCAAGGAGGCCGCGGACACAGAGGACGGAGAAAGUCCAGAAGAUCUCCUCGGGAAAGGAGGCCGGGCAGGUUUCCGGAGUGAAGAAGCCCAUCAUAAGUGUGGUUUUAACGGCACACGAAGCUAUUCCAGGUGCCACCAAGAUCGUUCCAGUGGAGGCCGGGCCCCCGGAGACGGGCACUGCAAACCCCGAGGCCACCCCGGCCGACCUGGCGCCUCGGAGAGGGUACCAGGAGUACGCCAUCCAGCAGACGCCGUACGAGCAGCCCAUGAAGUCCAGCAGGCUAGGGCCCACCCAGCUCAAGAUCUUCACCUGCGAGUACUGCAACAAGGUGUUCAAGUUCAAGCACUCGCUGCAGGCGCACCUGAGGAUCCACACCAACGAGAAGCCGUACAAGUGCCCCCAGUGCAGCUACGCCAGCGCCAUCAAGGCCAACCUGAACGUGCACCUGCGCAAGCACACGGGCGAGAAGUUCGCCUGCGACUACUGCGCCUUCACCUGCCUGAGCAAAGGGCACCUGAAGGUGCACGUGGAGCGCGUGCACAAGAAGGUCAAGCAGCACUGCCGCUUCUGCAAGAAGAAGUACUCCGACGUCAAGAACCUCAUCAAGCACGUCCGGCACGCGCACGACCCGCAGGACCGGAAGGUGCAGGAGGCCCUGGACGAGCUCUGCCUGCUCACCAGGGAGGGCAAGCGGCAGCUGCUGUACGACUGCCACAUCUGCGAGCGCAAGUUCAAGAACGAGCUGGACCGCGACCGCCACAUGCUGGUGCACGGGGACAAGUGGCCCUUCGCCUGCGAGCUGUGCGGCCACGGGGCCACCAAGUACCAGGCGCUGGAGCUGCACGUGCGGAAGCACCCGUUUGUGUACGUGUGCGCGCUGUGCCUCAAGAAGUUCGUCAGCUCCAUCCGGCUGCGCUCGCACAUCAGGGAGGCGCACGGGGCGGCGCAGGAGGGCGGGCUCUUCACCAGCUCCAUCAACCAGAGCUUCUGCCUCCUGGAGCCGGGCGGGGACAUCCAGCAGGAAGCGCUGGGCGGCCAGCCGCAGCUGGCGGAGGAGGAGUUUGUGUUCCCGGGCGUGAAUGCGCCCAAGGGGGCGGCCUGCCCCGCAGACGCUGGGCCCGACGACGAGGGGGCCGACGAGGGGGCCGGGAAGGAGCCGGAGGCCGCCGCGCAGGAGCCCGCCCCGCCCGCGCACUUGGCCGUCCCCCAGGCCCAGGGGGCCGCCCUGCCUCCCUGCGGGCUGGAAGCCGCCGCGGACGCCUCGGACCUUCCUUCGCAGGCGGUGGUCUCCGAGGAGUUUUUACUGAAAAAUGAUCCCUCCUCUGCUGAGGCUCGCACCGCCCCCGAGGAGACCUUGGACGCCCGGCGCGGAGCCUCCUCCCAGACUCGGGGUGAAGAAGUCCCAUCACUGCCAUCCAAGGCCGGAAGUGCGGGAGCGAACCUGGACGCGCGGGGGGCCGAGAGCCCCCCAGAGGCAGGGCACAAAAUGGCUGCCCUCCCGUCCGAGGGACCAGAUCCUAGUAGGUGUCUCAGGUCAAACCCAGGCGAGGCCUCGGACCUUCCUCCGGUAGCAGGUGGAGGGGAAGUGGCCCCGCCGCAGCCUGACUCUUGCAGUCCGGCCUCCGAGCACCGGGCCGGCGUCAGUGCGUUCAUGAAGAUCCUGGAUGGCUUACAGAAGAGAAGGAUGAACACCGGCUUGUGCGAGAGGAUCCGGAAGGUGUACGGGGACCUGGAGUGUGAAUACUGCGGCAAACUUUUUUGGUACCAAGUGCACUUUGACAUGCACGUGCGCACCCACACCCGGGAGCACCUGUAUCACUGCUCCCAGUGCCAUUAUUCCUCCAUCACCAAAAACUGCCUUAAACGCCACGUUAUUCAGAAACACAGUAACGUCCUGCUGAAGUGUCCCACCGAUGGCUGCAACUACUCAACUCCAGAUAAAUACAAGCUGCAGGCACAUCUUAAAGUUCACACGGAACUGGACAAAAGGAGUUAUUCUUGUCCUGUGUGUGAAAAGUCUUUUUCAGAAGAUCGAUUGAUCAAGUCGCACAUCAAGACCAACCAUCCUGAGGUCUCCAUGAGCACUAUUUCCGAGGUUCUCGGGAGGAGGGUUCAGCUGAAAGGGCUGAUUGGAAAGAGAGCCAUGAAGUGCCCGUAUUGUGAUUUCUAUUUCAUGAAGAACGGCUCAGACCUUCAGCGUCAUAUUUGGGCUCAUGAAGGUGUGAAACCCUUCAAAUGUUCUUUGUGCGAGUAUGCAACUCGCAGCAAGAGUAACCUCAAGGCUCACAUGAACCGUCACAGCACUGAGAAAACCCACCUGUGUGACAUGUGUGGCAAGAAAUUCAAAUCAAAAGGGACGUUGAAGAGUCACAAGCUGCUUCACACUGCUGACGGGAAGCAGUUCAAGUGCACGGUGUGUGACUACACGGCAGCCCAGAAGCCCCAGCUGCUGCGGCACAUGGAACAGCACGCCUCCUUCAAGCCCUUCCGCUGUGCCCAUUGCCAUUACUCCUGUAACAUAUCCGGCUCCCUGAAACGGCACUACAACAGGAAGCACCCCAACGAGGAAUACGCCAACGUGGGCACCGGGGAGCUGGCGGCCGACGCACUCGUCCAGCAAGGUGGUUUGAAGUGCCCUGUGUGCAGCUUUGUGUAUGGCACCAAGUGGGAGUUCAACAGACACUUGAAGAACAAGCAUGGCCUGAAGUUGGUGGAAAACGAAGGAGAUCCCAAGUGGGAGCCAGCAACAGAAGCCCCCGAGGAGCCCUCCACCCAGUACGUGCACAUCACAGAAGCCGAAGAGGACGUUCAGGGCACGCAGGCAGCCGUGGCGGCGCUCCAGGAUCUGAGAUACACUUCCGAGAGCGGGGACCGACUUGACCCCACGGCUGUGAACAUCCUCCAGCAGAUCAUCGAGCUGGGCACCGAGGCCCAUGAUGCCACCGCUGUGGCCUCGGUGGUUGCCAUGGCUCCAGGGACAGUGACUGUCGUGAAACAGGUCACGGACGAGGAGCCCAGCUCCAACCACACGGUCAUGAUCCAGGAGACCCUCCAGCAGGCCUCCGUGGAGCUGGCUGAGGAGCACCACCUCGUGGUGUCCUCUGACGACGUGGAGGGCAUCGAGACGGUGACCGUCUACACUCAGGGCGGGGAGGCCUCGGAGUUCAUCGUCUACGUGCAGGAGGCCGUGCAGCCCGUGGAGGAGCAGGCGGUGGGGCCGCAGGCCCAGGAGCUCUAGGGGACGCGCGGCGGCGGCUGGACGCCACGGGGCGGGCCCGCCAGGCUCUCCGCGGGACGGCACCCUUGGUGGCUCUCUCCUCCACGGUCCCCGCCCAGGCGGCCAGAUGGGGCUCCCCUCGUCCCCCUUUGGGGGGGCAAGGCGACCGGCAUCACCAGCAAUACAGGACCCCCCGUUCCCAGCACAAACACACACACCCCUUCCUCUGCGUCCUCUGCUUCCGGAAAGACUAGGCAUCGACUUCCCACACAGCCCACGCCGCAUCGCCCCUUUGCUUCGGGAUUCAUGCAGGGACCCGGUGCCCGUCAGCGUCUGCCCUGAAUCACACCCCCAACUCCCUGACCCCGUGCAGGUGCCCAGCCUUCCUCUGGGACCGCUCUGUGGCCUGAAUGAUGGGAGGGAGCCAGCCGGCACGGAGAAAGUGACCUUCUGGUUUGGAAUCCCCUCCCGGGGAAAAGAGGGGAGGGGAUCCUCGCUUUAUCCACAAGGUCCCACUCCCCCACGUCCCCAAGUGUCGAGGGCACUUGUUACCGCUUGCGGAAACCACGGUUGAGGACCUCUUGUUCCCGCGACAGGCGGGGUCUUAGCUUACGUCUUAGAAUCCUGCUUUUUAAAAAAAAAAAAAAAAUGCACUUUUUACUAUUCACCUCCCGUUCUAUGAGAUGUGGUGGGUAGAAUAAAAACAUUCUCGGCCUGAGCACUCCAGUGUCUCCA